UAUGAAAGGUUUGACUAAUUUAUUUCGACUCUGGCAAUACUACCUGAUGGGUUAUUUUGUUUGAAGUAUCCAUCAUUGUGGAUUUUUGACUUUAGGCCAGGACAACUUGAUCUUUCAGAAAUGGCUACUCAAUUAGUAAAAUUAUCAAAAUUGUUAAGGGUUAAUGGCAAUAAAAAUUGUCUGUUCCAGGUAACUAUAUAUAACAGAAGUACAGCUUUAACCGAUUACAAGCAAGCACUCAUAAAUGUUCCUCCAACGCAAGUGUCUUGCUUGGAAAGUGGCCUCAAAGUUGCGACAGAAGAUUCAGGAGCUGCAACUGCUACUGUUGGUUUGUGGAUAGACGCUGGCUCAAGGUAUGAAGAUGCCCGUAACAAUGGUGUUGCACACUUUUUGGAACACAUGGCAUUCAAAGGAACUGCUAAACGCUCCCAAACAGAUCUUGAACUUGAAGUUGAAAAUAUGGGAGCCCACUUGAAUGCUUACACAUCUCGUGAACAGACUGUGUUUUAUGCUAAAUGCCUUGCUAAUGAUGUUCCAAAAGCUGUUGAAAUUUUGAGCGACAUCAUUCAGAAUUCACGUUUAGGAGAAGCCGAAAUCGAAAGGGAACGUGGUGUUAUUCUACGUGAAAUGCAAGAAGUUGAAAGCAACUUACAAGAAGUUGUAUUUGAUCAUUUACACUCAACUGCCUACCAAGGAACUCCAUUAGGAAACACAAUUUUGGGGCCAACUCAGAAUAUCAAAUGCAUCAGCCGUAAUGAUUUACAGGAAUAUAUUUCAACACACUAUCAAUCACCAAGAAUAGUAUUAGCUGGUGCUGGUGGUGUUAAACACGAAGAAUUGGUUAAAUUGGCUGAAACACAAUUUAAUAAAUUAACUACAGACUUUGACAAGAAAGCUCCUUGUAUUACUCCUUGCAGGUUUACAGGCUCAGAGAUUCGUGUUCGAGAUGAUUCUAUGCCAUUAGCUCAUGUUGCUAUUGCUGUUGAAGGUUGUGGCUGGACCAAUCAAGAUAAUAUUCCACUGAUGGUAGCCAAUACACUGAUAGGUGCUUGGGACAGGUCACAAGGUGGUGGCAACAGCAAUGCUUCACGAUUAGCACAAGCCAGUGCUGGUGGUGGUUUAUGUCACAGCUUCCAGUCCUUUAACACAUGUUACAAAGAUACUGGUCUGUGGGGUAUUUACUUUGUUUGUGAUCCAAUGCAAUGCGAGAAUAUGUUAUUUAAUAUUCAAAAUGAAUGGAUGCGUUUGUGCACAAUUGUUACAGAAACUGAAGUAGAACGUGCAAAGAAUCAUUUGAAAACAAACAUGCUCCUUUUGCUUGAUGGAACAACACCUGUUUGUGAAGAUAUUGGUAGACAAAUGUUAUGUUAUGGUAGAAGAAUUCCCAUUCAUGAACUUGAACAAAGAAUUGAGUCUGUAACUGCCCAAAAUAUACGUGAUGUAGCCACCAAAUACAUUUAUGACAGGUGUCCCGCUGUUGCAGCUGUAGGACCAGUUGAAAAUUUGCCCGAUUACAAUCGUAUUCGUUCAUCUAUGUACUGGCUCAGACUAUAAUUUUAUUUAGAAUUUAAUUUAAAUCUUAUUUUAAAUAUCUAUAGAGAAGCAAAUCCAUUAAAUUACUGUACAGUUAUUCAUUUAUAUACAGGUAUGUCUAUGUAUUGUCGGUAGUAAUGAAAAAACGGAUU